AUGGCCUCCCUUGGCGUCCAACUGGUGGGCUACAUCCUAGGCCUUUUGGGGCUUUUAGGCACAUCGAUUGCCAUGUUGCUUCCCAACUGGCGAACAAGUUCUUAUGUUGGUGCCAGCAUUGUGACAGCGGUUGGCUUUUCCAAGGGCCUCUGGAUGGAGUGUGCUACGCACAGCACAGGCAUCACCCAGUGUGACAUCUACAGUACACUUCUAGGACUUCCUGCUGACAUCCAGGCUGCCCAGGCCAUGAUGGUGACAUCCAGUGCAAUGUCCUCACUGGCCUGCAUUAUCUCUGUGGUGGGCAUGAGAUGCACAGUGUUCUGCCAGGAAUCUCGAGCUAAGGACAGAGUGGCUGUAGUGGGUGGAGUUUUCUUCAUCCUUGGCGGCAUCCUGGGUUUUAUCCCAGUUGCCUGGAAUCUUCAUGGCAUCCUUCGGGACUUCUACUCACCACUGGUUCCAGACAGCAUGAAAUUUGAGAUUGGAGAGGCGCUUUACUUGGGCAUUAUCUCAUCCCUGUUCUCCCUGGUAGCUGGAGUUAUUCUCUGCUUUUCCUGCUCGCCUCGAGGAAAUCGUACCAACUACUAUGAUGGCUACCAGGCCCAGCCUCUUGCCACUAGGAGCUCUCCAAGGCCUGGUCAACAGCUCAAAGCCAAGAGUGAGUUCAACUCCUACAGCCUGACUGGGUAUGUGUGA